AUGUCUUGGAGAAAUCAAUUAUCAAAAAGUUUAAAAGAACUUCGUAUACAUUUUUGUCAAACUUCUCCUUCUAGUAAAGGAGUUCGAGAAUUUAUCACAAAUAACUAUUUAUCAUUAAAAGAGGCUAAUCCAAAAUUUCCGAUUCUAAUUCGUGAAGCAAGUGGAAUAGAAGCUCGUUUUUUUGCUAGAUAUGAUUUUGGAGAAGAGAAAAAAAUUGCUUUAAAUAAUCUCUCAGCUAGAGAUGUUGAAUCUAAAUUAGAAGAAUUGGAACAAACAUUACUUCCUACUUUGGUAUUUAAAAUUAAACCAACAAUUAAACCAUAA